UUAUCUCUUUUUCUUUUUCUUUUUUGAGAACAAAAAUGCCACCUCAAGAAUCACAAUGCCUUGAUAGUGGAUUAACUAGGCCAGUGAAUUUGUCGACGGAAUCGCUGGAUAUGAUGAGAAGUGAUUAUAUACAAGGUUCAAUGAAAAAAUCAUCUACCACUGAGUAUACCCGGGAACAAUUGUUAUCCUUUGUGAAAUGCUUUGCUUCAGAUACAGUGGAAACAACAGGCCGAUGGAAAGAGAUGAUUGAUUCUGUAGUAGCUAUACCUAGUGCCUUGAUUCGUUAUGGUAUUUUGUUUCCCCUUCGAUUUGUGGCACUCGGAGCAUCUACCGCUGCCUUUUUUAUUACUUUACCUAUUGCUGUAACCCUGCAGAAUAGUAAUCUCGUCUCGCUUGCUGUGAAAUAUUAUUGCAAGGGAAUCUUGUUCUCCCUGGGUGUCAAGGUGAAUUACAUUGGACAAAAGCCUGAAAUAAAUGAACCCCAUGUCUUUGUGGCUAACCACACUUCCUAUCUUGAUUAUAUCUUAUUAAGUGCCAACAAAUUCCCUCACGCAGUGGUCAUGGCACGACACACCGGUGCUUUAGGCUUCUUGCAGAACAAUGGAUUAAACUAUUUGCAUUCAUUAACCUUUGAUCGUGCUAAUAUUACUGAACGCAGAGACUUAUCCGAAAGUUUAAAACGACAUGUGAAGUCGGCAGAUACUUGGAAAAAUCCAAUGAUUAUUUUUCCUGAAGGUACCUGUGUGAAUAAUAAGUAUGUGAUUCGAUUUCAAAAAGGUGCGUUUGAAUUAGGUGUCAAAGUCUGUCCUGUUGGUAUCAAAUAUGGCCGACAAUGGGGAGAUCCGUACUGGGAUACACGUAAAGGAUUUAUGCAUUACGCUUAUUAUAGAAUGACGAGAUGGAUGACGUCUGUAAACAUCGUGUAUUGUCCACCUGUAUCCCCUAGAAUUGAAGAAACGGCCUCUCAGUACAGUGAUCGUGUCAAAGAUGUGAUUGCAACUUCCAUUGGUCUCGAAAAUGUAAACUUUAACGGUAUGGCCAAACGUGACUUAUUGUUGGCUCAAGCAGAAAAAGAAAAAUAAUCAUCCCCCCUCCACACACACACACACACACACACACACACACAC